AUGAAAUUUCAAUCAAUAUAUGCAUCAAUAUUAAUUUUAGCUUUUAAUCAUUUUUUGAUAGCAUUUGCAGCUCAUCCCUGUAUUGAUUAUCCAGAUCCUUUAAAUCCUGGUCGAUUUGAAUUUACAGAUUGUCCAAAUAUUGUUGAGGAUGAUAUUGAAGAUUUGCCCAAUGUUAAACGUGAAAUCCAAAAUUUCUUUCAUAUAGAUAUUAAUUGUUAUUCUGACGCAACCUUGUGUAAAAAAAUAAAAAAAGCCUUUGAUGACGCUGGAAAAGAAAUAUCAAAAGUAUUGAAGUUAAAAAAGAAAAUUUAUGUAAAUGCUACCUUCGAAAGUUUUUCUUUAAUGGAAAGAAAUGUUUUAGGUUCUACUUAUCCCACACGAAGUAUAUUUCUGACCUCAGAUGAUAAGAUUACAAGACUUUAUCCUCAAGCUCUUGCAAAACAAUUUUCCUUAAAUGUACAUCCUGCAUAUAGUAAAUAUGAUAUUAAUUCAAGAUUUAAUGCAGAUUUUGGUUGGUGGUUUAAAUCUGAUAACAAAACGAUCGAAACUGAUCAAUAUGAUUUUUCUAUAGUUGUAUUACAUGAACUUAUACAUGGACUUGGAUUUAUAUCAAGUUGGGAUAAUAGUCUUGAAACUAAUGUCUAUCAAUAUGUCACUGGUCUUACUUCAAUUUACUAUUUCUACGACAAUAAAUAUGGCGGAUUUGUAGAAAAUAUAUUUGAUAGAUAUUUAAAACUCAUAGAAAAUAAGAAAAAAAUCCCGUUAUCAGAUUACACUGCUCAGUUAGAUAAAUCUGUACCUCCUAUGACUCCAUUUAAUACUAUAUUACAAUUUACCAAUAGAGUAAAAUCUUCUCCAAAAUGGAAAUAUGCAAAAUUAGUACUUAAAGCAGCAACCACCAAUAAUAGUAUAAUUUUUACACCAGCGAAACGAACAAGUUGGAAUCAAGAUAUUUAUUUAGAAACUAGUCUUAAACCUUUUAACGCAGGUUCCAGCAUAAGUCACGUUAGUCAAUUAAAAUAUAGAAAAACUUCUGACUUUCUAAUGACAUAUCAGCAAUUUCCUGGACAAACGCUAGAAUACUUUAUCAAAAGAGGUGGAAAUUAUAAAUCUCCAAUCGGACCCAGAAUUAUUUCUAUACUUGAAUCGAUAGGAUAUGCAACAGAUACUCACCCUAAUCCCGUUAAACCUACACUCCCCAGCAAAAAGUAUCCGACCAUGUGA